ACUAUAUGAGCCUAAGUCGGCAGGCCCAAGGUUGAACUCUAUGUUUAAAUUUGACUCACCAAUGUAUAGUCACUCACGACGAGCUGCCACGUUGCCGGCAAGUGGACGUACUGCUGUAAGAGGCGACAACAGUAUGCUGAACGAUUCCUUCUACUACUACAGUAAAUCCACAGAUUUUAACGACAAUGAUAAUGCCUAUAUUCUCCAGCCGAAUGGAACCUAUAAUCCAAGGGAGAGAGCAAAGAGUUACCAUGACGAACCAGAUUCUGCAUACAACUCCGAUUCUUACAAUCACAAAGGGACAUCUCCAGAACCAUAUGACAACAGGAAGAAUUCUAUGUCUGAUCAUGAACUCAGACAAGCAAGAAUUGCCAGGGGACGCUCAUUACCAUAUCUUAACGGCCCUCCAAAGCCUGAACUUACAGUUGCAAAGAUUUCAGAUGUAGAGUUGCUAGAAAGAUUGCAAUCAUCGAAGGCAGAAAAGGACCAACAUAACAAAGGACUAUCAUACCUACGAAGUGACAUGAAUAAAGGUGUUAUCUAUGCCGAAUAUGACAGCAAAAGGCCUUUCUAUGGCUGACAUGACUGACAUUGAUAGAGUGAUUUACCCGAUUGAAUCCUUGUUCACCACUAACUACCGACUACCCAAAGAUGUUGACAGAGCUCGCUUAGAGCGCCACCUGUCGCGGGAAGACUUCAUAUCUGCAUUCCACAUGAGUCCGGUAGAAUUUGAUCAGCUUCCACCAUGGCGACAACAACACUUGAAACGAGAUGUAAAUCUGUUUUAAGUGAUGAUACAACAGACAGAGAUUAAAUAUGAAUCUUUUCCAUAUUACCAAAGACACAUGAGAAAACAGCAACUCGUACAAUUGCAUUAUUAACUCCUUUGAUGUGACAAUUCUUAGGAGUUGGACUGUCGUUAUUUUAUUAACAUGCACAAUUCAGAGAAUGAAUGACUACUUUAAUAGUUAUGAACGUAUGUACAAUUUAAAAAAGUGCAUUCACAAAAAUGGGUGAAAAUUCAGAAAAAAGCUCAUUCAUUAUCAACAGGAGUUUAAAAAUUGUUGACUUGUGACUAGGAAAACAUUGCAGUGCUGUUGGCAUACACAUGUAAGUCAAUAACAUUAGUAUUAACUGUGCUCUAAAAACAUUAUACUGUACAUCCUUCCCAAUAUUUUGAUGUUGUAUGUGAGUAUUUUCCCUAUUGAUUUUGGUAUAAACGAUCCACCUUUCCCACCUGAAGUUAUACAAACUUGUAUUUUGUAAUUUUGAAACCCACGUCUCAACACUUCAGUACAAACAAUAAUAAGGAUUCUGUUGUACUUUGUAAAGGGAAGAGAAAAAUUACUGAAAAUGUAUUGUUUGUUUCGAUUGACAUUUGAUCACCAUAAGGUGACAUUCCCCCAAUUACUUGGUUGAAAAAUGGCCAUAUAGGAUUCAGUUAUUAAUAUUCAUCACCGAGUCUGUUAAUUGUUGAUAUCAUGCUGAACAUGUCAUAUUGUUACUUUGUGAUUAUUAAACAGAAUUUGAGAGAAGGCACCUUGGGAGGGGGGGGGGGGUGUCAUAUAUUUUAUAUGUACAAGUAAGGCACAGACUUAGGAUACCAGGGCAUGAAAUUGUACCCCCUACCCCACCCCACCCCAGCCUCUGAACCACUCCUAAAACAGUUUAUGCUGACAUUUAUUAUUAUUUAGAAUAUUUUUAAUGAAUAGAUUUUAAAUAUUUUUUUUAGUGCAAGAUUUUAUUGGUGUUAGAACUGUUUGACUUUAUCCAUUGUCUUUGUAUCAACAACAUAAUCAAAGUUCAGACAUCAUGUGAUGUUUAUCACCUCAUAUCCAUUGUACCUGUAAACAGAUUGUGUUUAAGUGUUUGUAUUUAGAGGUACCUCAGAUCAAAUUGAAUAUACUAAGCUGGUAUUUAUUCCACUCUUAGUUGCAAAUAUUUGUAACAAAAAGUUGAUUAAUGUGUAAUAAUAAUUAUCAUGGUCAUUAUGGGUUAUUCAUGUUCUUCUGAAUGUUAAUAACUAUACCCUCCCUCUUUGAAAAGAUUAAUUAUUAGAAGUAUAAGUUAAGUUAAAAGUAACAAUGUGAUUCGAAAAUACUGUAAAACAUGUUGAAAAAGCGGCAUGCAAUUUUAGCGAAUUGUGGUAAAAUGACGUAAUAGCGAAAUGUUGAUUUAGCGAAUCUCUUUUGUCAUCUUGAUUUCUUUGUU